CCAGUUAUGCUGUUGGUAUGAUGUUGGUAUAUGGCUCCACUGGUGGGUUGCCUGACUUGGCAGAAAUACUUCAAAUCAUCGUUGUUCAUGACAGCUUAGUCUUUGUAGUGAAACUGCAAAGUGCAUGGUAUUGUGAGCAUUUUAGAUGUUUCAAAUUGGAGUCGACUGGCACAGUCAAAGUCAUUGCGCAAUCACAACUCCCUGACAUAUACCCAUUGGCUUCCUAUGCGUUGGAAGGCAAUCGAAUGGUUUCACUGAAACACUACAUCUGUUUGUCAAACUAGUUGUGCUUACCCAAGACGGCGAUGAUGUCUUCCCCCACUCAACUACGCGUUGUCAUUGAAGAGACCAAAGUUCACAAGUUAACCCUUCCACAUGGAAUCCCUAGCACUGUAGAUGAACUUUUGGCAGCUGCACAGGAGCAUUUUCAACUUCAAGGGAGUUUUACGGUUAUGUACAUGGACAAAGAUUUUGAUAACGAAUUCUUCACCUUGACAUCAACAGAUGUGGUUAAGGAUAAAGACACAAUCAAACUAGUUAAAAUGGAACCUUCUAUUGUUCUCACAUUUAGUCCCAUCGUUGAGGAUGCUGCUUCCUCCUUUCCACUGCCAAUGGAUCAGUCUUUCCAGGACGAGAGUUCCCCACUCAGUUCAUCUGACACCAUCAUUUUACCAAAGCCCCCAGAGCAUCGAUCACAAUGUUGGCCAACAAAUUUUGUGAUACCCACCUUUUCAUAUAAUGUUGAAAUGGCCCUUCACGAAGGAAACAUGGCUAAUAAAACAGACGGCACACCCCUUCUGAAUCCAAGCAUAACGUCUGACAUACUUGAGAAAGUUGCGGAAGCAAUAUUCCACUUCACUGCCUAUCCAACUGGUCUUCAAAUUCAGGCAGUUAUAGAAGCUCUGAUAAAGAUGCAUCCAUGCCUAAGAGAGCCUGAAACAUCAUUUUCAGGCAUGUACGGGUGGCAGCAACGUCUUAAAUACAAGAUGGCUAAUUACCGCUCUAAACUGAGAAAGCGUAAAGUACCUCUUCCUGAACUUGAGAUCAACUCCUUGAAAAACAAGUCUCCCGGUGAGAAAAAUCCUGCCAAAAACUGUAGAAGACCGAAGAGAGCAGAGGUGAACUAUCUCCCUCCACAUCCAAGUGGAGAAAGUAUAGACAGUCUGGAAAUGGAAAGACAGGUGCUUCUUAAUGAAGUACUGAAGAAAAACAACACCAAGGUGAUUCAAGAAAUAAUGGCCAAAACAUUCUCCUGUCGAAGGCUUGAGGUUGUGAGUGGCAGUCCAGCUGCUGAGCAUUUCAAAGAAAGAUGGCCUGCUCUAUUUUGUGAAGCUGAGAUCAAGGAGGAAUUCAGAAGAAUCACUACAAUUUCCCUGGAGCAGAGAUUCAUGUUCAGGCUCGACCAAUUCACACCAAGACUUAUUGCCCUGAUGAAGGCCAAAGGAGGUGUUGUGGGGACCAAACUGAGGCCGUUUCUAGACAAACUGAGCCAGACACAAAGCAUUGAGAUGAGACGUGAAUCAGUUAUCCGCAGCCUCAUUCUCUACCUUGGCGAAAAAGAAGAGGAUCUUUUUGAAGAUUGCCUGGAGGACAGCUGCAGGGACAUCACUCAGCACAUCAUAAAAAUACUGGUCGUUCGUGGUGCUGAUGGAGAAGACCCAGUUGAUGUAUCCAUCCUUCUUGAGGGGAAGGAAAUGCUGUCAGGAUGCGGCAAUACUGCAAAGGCAUGCAUGCUGCUUAUGGGCCUGAUUUAUGCCCUAAAUCUGGAAUACCCCCGAGCACUGCGAUACACGUUUGAGGUGUUACAAAAAGUUCUGUUAGAACUUGAUGGAAUUAAACUCUCCCCAAAAGUUCAAAGACUGAAGAUGAAAUUAUAUUAAAUGAUAUGGUAUGAUAGCAGUGUUUAAACAUUCAGCUGUUGAUGACGUUUUAAUACAACAAGGUUUUAAUGGUAUUCUUUAAAGUUCAUUAGUUCAGAGUGCUGUUUUGAAUGUCAAAUGUUUUGCAUGAUUUUUUUUAUAUACUUUUCUGUUUAAAACAAGGGUUACAGUAUAAUUCUGAAGUUUUACUGAAUGCACCUGUCAAGAGAUGACUAAAUGACCAUUU